AUGAAGUUCUUCGUGUAUUUUUCCUUAAUUUUCAUCGUGUUCCUUUCCGGAAAUGUGGAUGCUGAUGCCUCCAUUUCCUUUGGAAGUGCCACAAUCCAAAGUCCAGCUGUCAGUCUGAAAGCCGUCAAUGAUAAUGGUCGUCUUGUUCAAACUGUAACAUGGACAUUCCAAGCAUCCCAGUGUGAAGUUUUGACACGAACAGAUGAAUCGAUCACAUCGAGAGCAGUAUUGGUCAGUCUUACCAGUACUUGCAUCAACCGCAAUGUGUGUGGUAUUCGUGGACCUACUAGCACCCCGAUCGUUUGCGAGGAAUUUAUGAGAAGACUCACUUAA